UAAGGGAUCCUCUGUAAGCCAAGUCGAUCCUCGGGACGACAUGCUCCCAGGAAAAGAAGUGAAUGCGGCGCAGGGGGUCGGGGGGGCUCAAUGUAUCAGAACGUACCGGCGCGAAUGAUGUGCGGCCUCGUCAUCUUGGGCCGCUAUUUCUGCUGCGGAAUCGUAUCAUAAAAGUCUCGUAGGUUGGAGUUUGGUUCCUAAUAUUGAGAUGAUCGUGGCGGGUCGAGGAGACUGCGAUCAGAUGCAAAGAUUGGGCUGUUUCGGCCGUUGGUCUCUCCUCUGCUCUCCCGAGACCUUUCCAGAAUCAAUUCAGCAGCUCUGCAGGUGCUCCCUCGCUCAUCUGGACCAUUCGCGGACUUGCUGUACUGUAGGGAAGCUGCGGCGUGCUACCAUGUGGUGUUUGGGCUGUUUAUUGCAAGUAGCUGUAUUGAGUGUCGCAAGGGGCUGGGCGCUGGGCGCUGGGAGCUGGUGUGAAUUCCAAGAAUUCCCACUUUUGGAGGCUUUCGAUGACAGAUGUCUUCCCAGUAUGUGUUACUUAAAAUAAAAGGUUGACCGGGUACCUUGAGCCCUUAGUUCUUUCCGCGGCAGCGCUACGGGCUGGCGUG